AUGCCCAUGGAAACCUCCAGCUUUUUCGCCUUCAACCGCGAGGCAUCAGCAGGAGAGGAUGCAGCGGCUAUCUUGAACCUUCUUGCUAUUCAUGGCGUGGUAGCACUCCCAGAAAAUAGAAAUGCGGAAGAAGUGUUGAGAGACACAAUACGCCAAGGAAAUGCAAAGAUCACUGAGUCUUGCUCAAAAACUGAGGAGGCAUUGAAAGCGAACGAUCUAGAAGCCGCAGAAGCAACGAUUACUGUGCUGCUGCGCUACGUUGCGGAUAUCAAAAAUCUCGAAGGCUACGAAAUCAAUUUCAUGGCCUUUGAAGGCGAGUCAAAAUGCGUUAAUCAUGCUCGGCUUCUUCUAGAUCGAGUAGCAAAUCCUCUUCCAGAAAAUAUUUUUGGUUUGUCGCUACUUGAGUUCGCAGCUAAGAAUAACUUCAAAAAGCUUCUUCGCGAGAAAAUGCGCUGCAUUGGUGCACAAAAUCUACCGUUUUCUGAUAUCUCUCGAAAUUUCUCUUUGGUUGAGUCGCCUCCAGAAGUACAGAAGAAUUGGCAUGCUAUGAAAAUUUGGGAGAGCUUCUACUGGACAAACAACUAUCCCAUAUCUUGUAUACCCUGA